AUGGACAGUCCUGAAUUUAUCAUAGACACAGACAGUGAAGUUCGAAAACUGCAGGAACUUGUUAAAAAACUUGAGUACCAGAAUGAGGUAUUGAGAAGUAAACAAGGCGGAGGUGACAAUAUUGACCAAGUUUAUAAGAAUAACGUCAACGAUUAUGAUCUAUCUACAGACCUUGGUCGAAUGAAGCUUCUUGACAACUUUGUUCUGGACGAUUUGGAAGAUGUGAAUUUUUCCGAUCUCCCGGAUGAUGAUGAUAGUUGGUUGUACACUUCCCCAAAGGCUGCAACUACCCCACAACCAAAGGAGCCCUUACUGUCAUGGGUGCGACAGGACUUUGACCAUCCAUGCCCAGAAGUAGAGUCUGCUAGGAGAGCUCUCAUUUGUAGACUGAAUGAAGCGGCUCGCUUGAAGCAUAGUUCCAGUUCACCAGUUAUCAGUGGCCAGGCAUUUGCUAGCAAGUCAGCAGUGUCUUUAAAUCGGCCAGCAGAGGGAAACAAUAAUACACCUUCAAGAAGUUUGUUGCAGGCAAGGACAGGUAUUCCAACAUCAGGCUUGUUGAAACCCCAGCUGGACACUGGAACCUUCACAAGGCCCAAGCGAACGCUGACCCCAAUGCACGGAGAAGGAGAUCAGCCGCAGGAAGGGCAGUACCCGCUCACAGCAACAGAUAUCAGUGAUAUAGAGAAUCUUGCCAAACAGCAAGAAGAAAAUCUCAGACAGAGUCUUACACCUGCCAGUUUGAAAGCAAUGAGAGCCAAGCAUUCGUUAAUGGAAGGGGACAACAGAACAUGCCACAGUCCAAGUCGAUUUGACUUGGAUGGAUCCUACGUGUCCCAUCACCGAGGCAGUCUAGGCUCAGACCACAGUACACCCCCAGACAGUCCACACAACUCUAGUCCACAUUUUCAGCAACUUGGUUCAUUAGACUCCAGAGGUCGUCGAAUGCUUCCCAGCUCACCUGGUUUACACUAUCAAUCCCACAAUUCAAGUGACUCUAGUUUGGAAAGACAUAGUGUAGCUAGUGAUGAGCUGGAUGGAGCUGCAGACGUCAAUAGAACACCUGUCUCACACCUGCAGCAGCCCAAUUACCGCUCUGCCCCUAGACGGAGUUUGCCCGCAGGUAUAGCCCCAGGUCUUGCUCAACAGCAGCAACGCAGCAGUGGCUUGCCGACACCGAGCAAGAAAAUCAUGAAACCCGCUGCAGUCCGAUCGUCAUUGCCUAUGUUACAAAGGUCAAAUAUCCCUUCUCCGAAACCACCAUCAGUAAGAGGAUCCGAGGAAACUUGGAGAGAUGGAUGUUUCUGA